AUGACUUAUUAUCAACUGAGCGAGAAGACGUUCAAAGUUCCCGUGGAUUUGUUCGUCGAAAAUCGACAUCGACUUUUGGAAGCGCUGAAACCUAAAGUUCAAGCGAAUUCAGCGGUAUUGCUCCAAGGAGGGAUCGAAAAGAAUCGCUACAAUACCGACGCUGCUGAUCUUCCGUUCCGCCAAGAGUCGUAUUUCUUCUGGACUUUCGGAGUCAAUGAGAGUGAAUUUUAUGGAUUGAUAGACGUGACGACUGGAAAUACCACUCUGUUUGCUCCGAGACUUGACCCCAGUUACGCAAUCUGGGACGGAAAAAUUAAUAAGGAAGACUUCUUCAAGCAAAAGUACGCAGUCGAUGAAGUGAUUUUCAAUGACAAGCCCACGACGAUCGCAGAUCGUCUAAAAACAUUGGGAGCCAAGAAAGUGUUUCUUCUGGUCAGUUUACUCACAUUAUUGUCCUGCAGGAUCCUGAUCUUCCAAAUAAACAUUUUCAGCGUGCCGACAACACUGACAGUGGAAAUGUACUUGAGGAGCCAAAGUUUGAAGGAAGUCAAGACUUCACAGUGAAUACCGAUCUUCUCUACAAGAUGAUGGCCGAAUUGCGAGUGAUCAAGACUGAGAAAGAAAUCGAUGUAAUGCGAUAUGCCAGCAAAAUCGCUUCCGAAGCUCAUCGAGCCGCGAUGAAGCACAUGAAGCCAGGCUUGUACGAGUAUCAGCUGGAGAGUCUGUUCCGUCACACUUCCUAUUAUCAUGGAGGAUGUCGUCAUCUGGCCUAUACGUGCAUUGCGGCCACCGGAUGCAAUGGCUCGAUUCUGCACUACGGACAUGCGAACGCACCGAAUGACAAGUUCAUUAAGGACGGAGACAUGUGUCUUUUUGAUAUGGGACCAGAAUACAACUGCUACGCAUCGGAUAUUACGACUUCCUUCCCGUCGAAUGGAAAGUUCACUGACAAGCAGAAGGUUGUGUACAACGCCGUGCUGGCUGCUAACUUGGCAGUUCUCAAGGCGGCGAAACCGGGUGUUCGAUGGACUGACAUGCACAUUCUAUCGGAGAAGGUGAUUCUGGAGCAUUUGAAGGCGGCCGGCAUUGUUGUCGGAGACAUCGACGAAGCAGUGAAAGCAAGACUGGGAGCAGUUUUCAUGCCGCACGGAUUGGGUCACCUCAUUGGUCUAGAUGUUCACGACUGUGGAGGAUAUAUGGGCGAUGCCACUCCAAGGUCGACCCUCCCCGGUCUGAAAUCUCUCAGAACUACUCGCUCUUUGCAGGAAAGAAUGGUAGAAAAAUGUUGCUUAUUAGGUCAAUCGAACGAGAAAAAUUCAGGCAAUUACUAUCGAGCCUGGUUGCUAUUUUAUUGAUUUUCUUCUGGACGAAGCCCUUUCUGACCCUGUGAGAAGUAUUUUUCUUGUCAAAUCCGAAAUUGACAAGUACCGCGGCUCUGGAGGUGUCCGCAUCGAAGAUGACGUCAUAAUCCGAGCCUGCGGAAAUGAGAACUUGAGUGAUCUACCAAGAACGGUGGAAGAAAUCGAGAAUUUCAUGGCCAGUGGAGAAUGGACGGAAAAGCUAAUCGAGUCGCGAGUUGCGAACUUCCUGUCCAAGUAA